AUGGCCGUAAUGCCGGAUGGAAAAAGUCAUGCCGGUUCUUUUGUUCCAUUCCUCAAACAGCUCGUCAAGCAAGACCUUGCACAAGUAGCUCAUGCUUUAGGCCAUAACGUCACGAUCUACAUGGACUCCUACAGGCAUGUCUCUUUUUCUGGUGAAUUCAAAGAAUGGUAUGUUAAAGUUACAGAGCACGCGUAUCCGUUCGAUUCGGAAGAUUAUGAAGAAGCUUUGUGGAAAGAAAGAUUUUCAUUCAUGUCUCUGGUAACUGUUACAUAUUUCGAUUUGAAAAAAGGAAAGAACUACUUUAUUUCUUAA